AUGGACGGCCGGCAGGCCGGCCGGCUCAUCCAGAGCAUCUCCAUUCUCUAUGCUUUCUCCUAUUCUUACACUUAUCUCCUACUACACGCCGCCGCGCCGGUGAGAGCUGACAUCCGGCGUGAAGCUGAAGCACUUGUGAAGUGGAAGGCUAGCUUGGAUGGUGCCGAUGAGUCCCUUGGGCCAUGGUCGUUGGCCAACUCCACCAGCCUUUGCAAUUGGACGCACAUCACCUGCGACUCGGCCGGGCACAUCAGAAGCCUCGACCUUACCAUCGUCAGUCUUAAUGGCACACUUGACCAGCUCGACUUCUCGGCCUUCCCGCACCUGGGGAAACUCACCCUGUUCCAGAAUGGUCUAUACGGCACAAUUCCAGCAGGAAUUGGCAACCUGACGAGCUUGGUCGUGUUGCAGAUCAUACUCAACCCAUAUUUGAGGGGUGCCAUUCCAUGCAGCAUUGGCCAGCUGAAGAACCUUGCUGUACUGGAAAUGAAAGGUUUGGGGCUUGACAGCAUGCUUCCUGAAGAGAUUGGUAACUUGACGAGCUUGGAGGAGCUCCAUCUCAACUCUGUUACUUUGACUGGAUCAAUCCCACCAACAAUUGGGAUGCUCACGAAGCUCCGCACACUGAGCAUGAGGUACAACAAUCUGACAGGGAGCAUCCCGCUUGAGAUUGGAAACAUGACGGAACUGCAGGAGUUGUACUUUUCGAAUAACUAUUUGGAAGGACAGCUACCAGGUACAAUAUCUCAUUUGAUUAAACUCCAGUAUUUGCAUCUAUCAGUGAACCAGUUCCGGGGCCACAUUGCCCCUGAGCUUGGGAAUAGCAGCUUCUUGGACACGGUCGAUGUUCAGAUGAACAACUUCUCUGGGUUGUCCAUUUGUGUAGGAGGAGCACUGACUUCUGUCAGUGCUGGACACAAUUGA